AAUAUUUCAAGGGCGUACUUUUUUUUUGUCUGGGACCUAAAGUUGCUGAACGUAAGGGUUAGGAAAACAGAGUAGCAGCUGCCAUUGUUUUGACCCGUGGGAGGAGGAGGGUGUGUGAUCAUAACAACAGAUCUACAAGCGCUCUGCACCUUCUCCGCUCACUGUAGGCUGAUUUAUGGUCCCGCGUUACACCGACGCAGAGCCUACGCAGUAGGGUACGCGGAACCAUAAUUCAGGCGACAUGUUUAGGAGAUCAACAGUGUGCCUCUUUUUUUUUUUUUAAAUCCCCCCCUAUGAACGCCCUCCAAAAGAUUUACUAACACGCUCGACCUCUAUGGCCCUCGUGUCUGACGCGGCGUCCACAUGGGCAGCGUCCCCUCACGAUUGCGGGGCCGUUCUUCCCUAUAACAUCGGGCUUUUCGUAUGGCCGGAGUUUGCUGCAAGUGUCCGGUUUCCCUGUCCGUCUUCAAGCGCUCUCUGUGUGUGGCUCCGCGGGGCGGCGGGUCUGCUCCCCCCCGGUCCCUGCUGCAGGGCUGGGGCCGGCGGGGGGAGCGGGGCCUCCUGCAGGAGGCCUCCCGGCCCUGCAGCGCCCUCAGACCCGCGGGCUUCUACCGACACACGGCCCUCCUGUGCUUCUCCUGCCAGGGCUCCAUGAGCGACAGUCUGCGGACCUGCUACGUGUACCUGAACCAGACCAGCCGGAGCUUUGCAGCGGUGAUCCAGGCGCUGGACGGAGAGUUGAGACAUGCAGUUUGCAUCUUCUACCUGGUGCUGCGUGCCUUGGACACGGUGGAGGAUGACAUGACUAUCCCCCUGGACAAGAAGGUGCCCAUGCUAAAUAACUUCCACACUUACCUGUACCAGGAGGAGUGGUGCUUCACAGAGAGCCAGGAAAAGGAUCGUCAGGUUCUUGAAGAUUUCCCCACGAUAUCACUUGAAUUCAGAAACCUUGCUCAGGAAUACAGAGACGUUAUCUCGGAUAUCUGCCACCGAAUGGGAGUAGGGAUGGCAGAAUUCCUGGAGAAGAAAGUGGGCACCAUGAAAGACUGGGACCAGUACUGCCACUACGUUGCCGGUCUGGUCGGCAUCGGUCUGUCCCAGCUCUUCUCUGCCUCCCAGCUGGAGGAUCCCGAGGUGGGCCGGGACACAGAGCUGGCCAACUCCAUGGGCCUCUUUCUCCAGAAGACCAACAUCAUCAGAGACUAUUUGGAAGAUACUAUGGAGGGACGUGCUUUCUGGCCACAAGAGGCUUGGAGCCAGUUUGCAGAACGCCUGGAGGAUUUUGCUCAGCCCGAGAAGCUGGAGUCGGCGCUGUCCUGUCUCAACCUGCUGGUCACUGAUGCUCUGGGACACGUCCCAGAUGUCAUCGCCUACCUAUCUCGUCUGCGAAACCAGAGCGUCUUCAACUUCUGUGCUAUUCCACAGGUGAUGGCGAUAGCAACACUUUCGACGUGCUACAACAACCCCAUGGUGUUUCAGCGGGUGGUGAAGAUCAGAAAGGGUCAGGCCGUCACCCUCAUGAUGGAGGCCACCAAUAUGAGAGCCGUGCAGACCAUCAUCAGUCAGUACAGCCAGGAGAUUUUACAAAAGGUUUCCCUCACUGACCCGUCCCGGGACAAGACCCUGCACAUCCUGGCCAUAAUCCAAGAGAGGUCCGCCCUGUCUCAGUCCAGCCUCCCCUCCAAGACCCACCACCUGUCUCCCAUGUACUUGUCUGCUGCCAUGCUACUGGCCGUCCUCAGCUGGCAAUACCUCAGCACGACUGCGGCACAGGCGCAGGGCACCGGCGACAUGCCCGGACAAUGAACUUGUUGAAGCUUGCUGAGGCCCAUAGAGUGAAGAAGCCCCGCUGCCCUCUCUGGAGGUCUUUUUUCUCCUCUGACUCGUGGGAUUUGAGACAUUUCUUCUCACUUUGUGGUUUUAUAGUGGUUGUCCCAGGACCAUGGACACAUUGAACUGUGGUGGAGUUCUCAUAGCAGCCUGGUCUCGUUAUGUCAUUUGUUAGUGAUUGGCUGUAGACCAUCCUGUUACAGGUUCAAAGCAUGACAAUGGUCAUUUUAGGAUUUAAGGAGUACACAGUCACAGAACUUAUUCAGCUUUAGUAUAAUUUUGCCUCAAACUAUAGGUUUCAUAAUUCUCAUAUUUUGCUGUAUUUCUCUUGUUUCUUAUGGGAGAGGCAGAAUAAAGUACAGCGGCACACUAUACUGUUUUAUACACUGAAUGUUGGCAUCAUGCAGAUUUACUCAGAGGUUUAUUUCUACACAUUUCCUAUUGAAUUCAAUUUAAAAACAGUCUUUUAAGAUAUUUGAAAAAUACAUAUGUGCAAUAUUGCGGUGCGUUUUACCAAACAUGAACCGUUUAAACUGAUGAGGGAGGAAAAAAGAUGCAUUGAACUAAUGAAACCUGCUAGUAAGUGUCCUUACAGCUUUGGUGAGUAGAAAGGCUAGCACACAGUAACCUUGUACAGAACCAAAGGAGCGCUACAAACAUUGCUAUGUAAUGUGACAUUUUGAUUUGUACAUAUUUGAACAAAUAAAAAAAUGUG